AGGACCCGAGCAGCCGCGAAGAAGCUCCAAGAGCAGCGGCGAGGACGGGAGCAGCCCCGGAAGCUGCCCAAGCGCAAGAUCGUGCUGCUCAUGGCCUAUUCGGGGAAGGUACACGGCAUGCAGAGGAAUGUCGGGUCCUCGCAAUUCAAGACCAUUGAGGAUGACCUGGUGUCGGCCCUGGUCCGGUCGGGCUGUAUUCCCGAGAAUCACGGCGAGGACAUGAGGAAGAUGUCGUUCCAGCGGUGCGCCCGCACAGACAAGGGCGUGUCCGCAGCUGGGCAGGUCGUGUCCCUGAAGGUGUGGCUGAUUGACGACAUUUUAGAAAAGAUCAACAGCCACCUCCCAUCUCACAUUCGAAUACUGGGACUGAAGCGCGUCACGGGCGGCUUCAACUCCAAGAACAGGUGCGAUGCCAGGACCUACGUCUACAUGCUGCCCACGUUCGCCUUCGCGCACAAGGACCGCGACGUGCAGGACGAGACGUACCGGCUGAGCGCCGACACGCUGCGGCAGGUGAACCGGCUGCUGGCCUGCUACAAGGGCACCCACAACUUCCACAACUUCACCUCGCAGAAGGGGCCCCGGGAGCCCAGCGCCCAGCGCUACGUCCUGGACAUGUUCUGCGAGGAGCCCUUCGAGCGGGAUGGCAUGGAGUUCGCCGUCAUCAAGGUCAAGGGGCAGAGCUUCAUGACGCACCAGAUCCGGAAGAUGGUGGGCCUGGUGGUGGCCAUCGUCAAGGGCUACGCGCCCGAGGACGUGCUGGAGCGCAGCUGGGGCGAGGCCAAGGUGGACGUGCCCAAGGCGCCGGGGCUGGGCCUGGUCCUGGAGCGCGUGCACUUCGAGACGUACAACCGGCGCUUCGGCGGCGACGGGCUGCACGAGCCGCUGGACUGGGCGCGGGAGGAGGCGGAGGCCGCGGCCUUCAAGGAGCAGCACAUCUACCCCACGAUCAUCAGCACCGAGCGGCACGAGAGGUCCAUGGCCCAGUGGCUGAGCACCCUGCCCACGCACGACUUCAGCGCCACUGCCCACGCGGCGGGCGCCAAGGUCCCCAGCCCCCAGGAAGGCAGCGAAGAGGACGGAGACAGUGACUGAGCGGGGACGCCCCCGGAGACACGUGCACCAGGAGCCGCCGCUGCUGCCACCGGCCGCAUCCCUCGCCAAGACGGGAGCCAAGACGCGGCCUCGCAACCUCAGGACCUCGAGACCCACAUCGUUCUCAGCUUCCCUCAGGAGAACCGGCCGCCAAUCUGUCUCAGCUCAGCGUGAACUCUGUACACCUCAGCGUGUAAAGACACUAUUUUUCUAAGGAAAUGAUUUUCUUACUAAAUAGAUACAAGCUUUGCUUAGU